UCUCUAAAAUGAGCGAUGACAUGGCGGCGCGCGCCCGCCACCACUUCUCGCGCCUCUAGACGAGGGAAGCGGGAUUCGUUCGGAAGAGGGAGACGAGCGGUAUUACGGCCCUGAACGGCCCUCGGCGUCCCAGGAUCAUGUCUUCGCGGGUGAAGCCCGUGCCUCCGGGCGGAGGACGAGCGCAGCCCGUCCCUAACGGGGGCAGUGUGAAGGUGUAUAGGCCAUACCGCAGGUCGCCGUACCCACUGCAGGAAGACCGAGCAGAGGAGAAGGACUCGAAAAGCUUCGUGGAUCCACUUGACCAGCAGCGUGAGGACUUUUCGAGCAGGGACAAUGACAGGAACCUGUACCAGGCUCCACACACAGCAUGUGCUGCCACCUCCGCAUCAACCAAGGGCUACAACCCAGUGGACAGGCGUGCCUCUCUGUACCGGCGCUUUUACAAGCAGAUCCAGGAGGACCAGGAGGAUGGACCAGCUGACUGCGUCAUCCUUUCUGUGAGCACCCAGAACACGGAUUACGCAAAAUCGAUAGGCCACUGUUUGCAGGACCGCGGCCUUGUGGUGGAAAUGAUUUACCUGCAGGCGGAGUCAGGCUUGACCCAGGCCCUGCAAGACGUCCGCUCCGACGGUCUACCCUUAUGUAUUCUCGUCGAGCAGACUAAUGUAGCUCUGUCCUCGUGCACAAUAAUCAUAUUUUCAGAGACGCUCAAAAUUCACCGCAACAUGCCGAAGGACCAGGCCAUGGACUUUGUGAUGAUGGAGUUCGAACACGUGCAGGGAGAGCGCCAGGCCAAGGAGCCGGAGGACCUGGGAGCAAGAGCAGCCAACAUGGUGGCCGACUACCUGGACAGGGAGACGCAAGAAAGGCAUGUGGUACCACCCACCACUCGCCACUUGCUGCUCCUCAUGUCCCAAGGGCUUCACCUGUACCCAGAGGAGCUCAGCACACUGGCUGAGUACGUGCAUGGGCGUCAGGAACACCUUCAAGAUUCUUCAGCUGAUGUGAGCAACGGCUCGUUUCCUGAGAGGAGAAGCCUGCUGCCCAGUGCUCUGGGAAAACCGCCGCCCCUGCUGCCGACACCCCCCGGUGCCCUCAGGAGGGACGUCCCUGGACGUGCUGCGGUGAUGAACAAGCACCCCCCCACAUCCCUGCUGCCCACCCCAGGCUCGUAUCCUAAAUCCAAGCCGCCUCCGCUGCUGUCCAUGCACGGGCGCCAGGGCUCCUCCCACGGUCCCCCAUGUGGCCCAUCUCUGCAGCUCAGGGGAUCCCCAGCCCAUCAUGGCCUGCCAGCCUCUCGUGGUGCUCCUUUGGUCUCACGCAGUGUUCCUGCCCCCACACUCACUGUGCCUUCCCCUUGUGGGCCCCUACCCCAACAGGGGCCACGUGCUACACCGCCUUCUUUGAAGAGCCUCCACAAGGGAGACCAACAUGGUCUGCUGCCACACCCAGGGGGACCCCCAUUGAUUUCCAGCAUCCCAAGGCACUAAGGGAAGAUCUCCUCUUCAGUCAAACUGCAUCUGCCUAGUUUGAAAACCCAGAAUCAGAGAUCCCUAUAUACCAACACUCAGGGUCCAGUAUCCUAUCAUGCACCUGACCAAUGGACAAUGCAGGACUCUCCAACACUGAAGCCUAGCCCUGCACUGCUCCCCAGUUCCCCUCGGCUCAUUUUCUGGAUCCAAGUAUGACCUCUUGUGUAGUGAAACUUCUCAUGGUAAGAGCAGUUCAGAUGGUGCAAACCUGUACAAGGCCAAGUGCGUUUACAUCUCUGCAGGAUCCACAGAAGCUGAUUCCCAGCACUGCUGGUACCGGCACAGUCUUGCUGUGUGAUCUGCAUUGUUGUGAGAGUGAGAAAGCUCACUUUGACUCUUUGUCCAUCAGGGUCACAAGUCUCAAUCUCUGCAGUCAGUGCUGGAUGAUACUUGAGCAGGACCUGCAUCACUCCAGCACUGUCACUCCAGCAGCCAAUCACAGCGCUCCAUUUUACACAUGCACACGCACACGACACCAUCUCUCUCCAUGGGACAGCUUGCAACUGCCAAACGUGCUCUGAUGAUCUGCCACUGCCAACAAUGUGCCCACCACUUCUUCUGUUAGCACUGGUGGGUCCCGCUCAUGUGUCCACCACUUUCAGCUGCCCAAAAUUGUUUACAUUGAAGCUGUUGGGUGUUCUGAAAUGUGUUCUCUGUAAAUUAAAGCUAAAAAUUAAGUUCUUAAAAUGCUUAGGAAUAACCAGUCCCAGUUUUAUGUAUAAUUGACGCUGUGCUGUUUAUAUUAAAGGUACAAGCACUUUUUACAGGAAAAAAAUUAUAUCUAGUAUAUUUUCUGUGAACUCUUGAUUAUAUUCAGUAGUUCCUCAACAUUUUUGCAUAUGAAUAUGAUUGUGAAAGUGACUGUGUGUGGAGCUCUUGCGGUUCUGCCCUUGGGAAUGGACUCUACAGAGGCUUCAAUAAGAAUCCUGUUUUGCACUUGUCUGUUUUUUUUCCCGUUUUCUCGUUCUGGAUUUUUAGUGUGUGUACACAGCACAGUGCAUUAAAGCUGAUCAUGAUAUAAUCGUCUCCUCAGUCAUUUGCUGCAGAAUUACGUGACUACUACUUAGUUGCCUGCCUUUAUCCUGAGAUUCUUUAUUCCAAUUUAACAAGUGGAUGAAUGACAGUGUUCCCCUGGGUAGUGCUACACACUCGUGAUUUAUCCCAUGUAUAUAAUGACACUGUAAAACACUACAGUGUGUUUUUUUUACCUAGCUGGAACUGAUAGUUUUUGUAAUUUGUGUGAAUCUUGUGUAGUCCGUUGAAUAUUGCACCUUAGCAUGAGUGCAUGACAGAAUUUGUCACUCUUAAAAUGCAUACAAAAGCUCCCAAACAAGUCAGCCAUGCUGGUGAUUUAUUAGUGAUAAAAUUCUCCUUUUCUGAGCAAAGGGCACACAGUAAAAUCGCUGUAAACAUUUUUUAACAGAACUUAGAAUCCAGAGAUUCUACUGCUACAAUUCAUGUACAAAUUGCAGGCUGAAUUGUUGUUACUGGGUGAUUAUUGCAGAACAAAAUUUUAUAGUCAUUACUAUGAAUAAAUUAGGCCUUCUGAAGCAUGGUGGGCUUUAAGGGUUUUGAAAAAAUGAUUAAAUUUAUGCUGUAAUGAACACCGCCUCCCCCACAGGCCAG